AUGACCGAGAAGCCUCUAAACGUUGUGAUUGUAGGUGGCUCCCUCACUGCUCUCUUCCACGGGAUUGUCCUCCGGCGGCUAGGACACCAUGUUCGAAUCCUCGAACGCAACAACCCGUCCCAGCAAAUGAGUCUCGGGGCCGGUAUAGCCGCCAUGGAACAUGUUCAAUCAUUCAUGAGAAAAUACGAUGAGACAAAGACACCUUACUGUGUAACGAGUCCAGAUGUGCAAUAUCUUGACCAAGCCGUCAAAAUCAAAAGCACGUGGAAGUUCCCUAUGGCGACGACGAGCUGGAAGAUACUAUAUUAUGUCAUGCGAGCCAAUUUCGAUGGUUUGGCAAGCGAUCUAUGUGUUCAAGUACCCCAGCCAACGGAGCAGCAAGGCUCAGCCACUUAUGAUCACGAGAAAGAAGUAACUAGCGUCGAAUACAAAGAUGAGCUCGUCACGGUUCAAUACCGUGAUACGGGAAGCGACUCACAUGCCACUGUUCAUGCCGAUCUAGUGAUUGCAGCCGAUGGGGCUUCUUCUGGGUUGCGUCAAAAUUUGCAGCCACUUCUACAGCAGAAGUAUGCGGGCUAUGUAGCUUGGAGGGGGGUAGCGGCCGAGAGUGAGAUUUCCGAGGAAACGAAGGCAGUUUUUGCGUGCAAGGCUACUUUUUUCGUGUAUAAGGGUGGCUAUAUUGUUCUUUAUACUAUCCCAGGCGAAGACGGAAAUCUUUCCCCAGGGCACCGACAACUCAACUGGGUGUGGUACAAUAUACACCCGGAAAACUCACAGGAGUAUCGCGACAUAAUGACCGACAUCGACGGACACCGACACCGCACCACCUUACCCAUCGGCAAAGUCACCCCCCAGAACUGGGAAAAGCAAAAAGCACUCGCUCUUCAAAUCCUCCCCGCACCUUUCGCAGAAAUGGUGCAAAAAACCACCAAACCAUUCAUCUCCGCCAUUCAUGACCGCGAAAUAGCAAAACCAUCACUCUUUAACGGAAAAUUGCUUUUUGUAGGUGAUGCGCUGGCGACAUUUCGUCCGCAUGUGGCUUCGAGUACUAAUCAAGCGGCGCUGGAUGCACAGCUGCUGGAACAAUUGAUGAAGGGUGAAAUUACGGCUGCGGAGUGGGAGGAUAGGGUUCUGGCUUUUGCGAAUUUUACGGCCGUGCGGAGUGAGCUUUGGGGUGCGUAUUAUGUUUUUGGGGUAUCGACGUUGGUUUUUGUGAGGACUUUUUUGAGAUAUUGGAAGAUGGUUGCGGUGCAGGCUUUUUGGAGGCGUAUUUACGGUUAG